CUCGAGAUCAUACCUAUUCCUCUCCCUCCCCUCAUAUCCGGUAACAAAAGCAUUGCUCCCAAUCAUGGCGUCCGAGUCCAAGGUUGAAGCCGAGCACACGGCCAAUGAUGGUCUGGCUCUCGAAGGUCUGGCUGCGACUGCCGAUAUCGAACGCAUCGAAGCCCCCGUGACAUGGAAAGCAUACUUGAUGUGCGCCUUUGCGGCGCUUGGUGGUAUCUUUUAUGGUUACGACACGGGAUACAUUAGCAAUGUGAACGCCAUGAACGUAUGGAUCAAUGUUAUCGAGGGCCCCAAUGCCACCGAGCUCAAAUCCAGCACCGAGUCGCUCAUUGUCUCCAUCAUGUCCGUCGGCACGUUCCUGGGAGCUCUCGCUGCCGGCGACGUGGCCGACUUCAUGGGAAGAAAAUGGACCGUGAUUAUGGCCUGUGGAAUCUUUGCCAUAGGUGUAGUCAUCGAGAUCAUCACCGGCGAUGGCGAUGCCUACGCUGAGAUUGUCAUUGGCCGUCUGAUUGCUGGCCUUGGUACUGGUUUUGAAAGUGCCACCGUAAUCCUUUACAUGUCCGAAAUUUGCCCACGCAAGGUUCGCGGUGCCCUCGUCGCCGGCUACCAAUUCUGCAUCACCAUCGGCCUCCUCGUCGCCGCCUGCAUCACCUACUCCACCUCGGACUGGACGAGCCGCGCUGCGUACCGGCUGCCCAUCGGCAUCCAGUUCAUCUGGGCUGUCAUCCUCGGCACAGGUAUCCUCUUCCUGCCCGACUCGCCCAGGUGGUUCGUCAAGCGCGGCAACCUGGCCAAGGCGAGGCAUGCGCUCUCGGCCCUGCGCGGCCAGCCUGAGGAGUCCGAGUUUGUCCAGUACGAGCUUGCUGAGAUCGUCGCCAACGAGGAGUACGAGAAGAGGCUGAUCCCUUCGACGACCUGGUUUGGUAGCUGGGCUGCCUGCUUCUCGGGCUCGCUGUGGAAGUCCAACUCGAAUCUUCGCAAGACUAUACUCGGCACCUCGCUGCAGAUGAUGCAGCAAUGGACUGGUGUUAACUUUAUCUUUUACUACGGCACACCUUUCCUGAAGUCGACAGGCGCUGUUUCCAACGAGUUCCUCCUCUCCGUCAUCUUCAACGUCGUCAACACCCUCGCCACCCCCUUCGCCUUCUGGGGCGUCGAGUCCUGGGGCCGUCGUCCCAUGCUCCUCUGGGGCGCGCUCUCCAUGCUGAUCUGCCAGCUGAUCGUCGCCGUCGUGGGCGUCACCGUCGGCUUCAACCACACGCACGCCGACCCCAGCGUCGUAGGCGGCACCGCAGCGGACAACCCAGCCGCCGUCAAAGCCCAGAUCGCCUUCAUCGCCAUCUUCAUCUUCUCCUUCGCCACGACCUGGGGCCCCGGCGCCUGGAUCGUCAUCGGCGAGAUCUUCCCCUUACCCAUCCGCUCGCGCGGCGUCGCCCUGUCCACCGCGUCCAACUGGCUGUGGAACCUCAUCAUCGCCAUCAUCACGCCGUACAUGGUCGACGCCCUGGUGUCUUCGGUCUUCUUCAUCUGGUUUGCCCUGUGCACGUGCGCAUUUGUCUACACGUACUUCCUCGUACCCGAGACCAAGGGCCUGUCUCUCGAGCAGGUCGAUCUCAUGAUGGAGGAGACGACCCCGCGCAACUCGGCCAAGUGGCGUCCUACCAAGACUUUUGCUGGUGCGCAUGCCCGUGGGAACUUGCGUAUUUCACAAUUGCAAUAA